AUUGCAAAAAACACAUAACCAUGAAUACCGGUGCUGCCAUAAUUCUGGUGCUAUGUCUGACGGGCGUCCAGUGCGCCAAACUGGACACUAAGUUCGCUGUACACCGAGUGGGCGGUCGUAUCGUAGGCGGUGUGGAGGCCACCCAAACCCAGGGCAAACACCAGGGCUCGCUGUGGGCCAGCGGGUGGUUCGGUAGUCAACACAUAUGCGGCUGUUCUCUCUAUGGCACCCAAUACGCCAUAACCGCCGCUCACUGUACUGACGGAUUCACCAAGGCUGAUCUAAGUGUGAAAUAUGGUGGUCUGGACCGGACAGCCCUCGAUAACACGGUGGCCAUAGCGGAGGUGCGCCAACACGAGUCGUACAACACUCCCACACAGUUUGACAACGACUACAGUGUCCUGAAAUUGGCGGACACUAUCAAAUUGAAUCCG